AUGCCGGCUCGACGAGCGGCGUCCUCGGGCUGCCAAAGCGUGGUCGCUGUGGUUCUGGGCGUUGCCUUCGUGGCCGUCCCCGGCCUGUAUUUCGAGUUUUACCUCACCGGCGGCUACAAAGAGAGCCCUGGCACUGGACCACUGGGCCGCGAGGUCAUCCAGGCGGCCGUGAAGCAGGUGGACCUAGCGACCUCGAAGGCCUCCCGGAGCGCAGCAGAAAGGACGGAGCCCUUGGUUGAAAUACCUUCGGUCGACAUCCCGAGCGAGCUCAGCGUGGCGCAGCCAAUCAAGGCAGCUGAGCCUGUUCCGGAUCCUUCUGCACAGGCCACUGGCGCUUACGUGGAGCAGCUCUUCGCAAAGAACCGAGAGUGUGCUGACCAGGCGAUGGAGAUAGGCAACCUUCCGACCGUACAGGCGUGUGACGAAGUGGUUGCGACAAAGCUCGAGUGUGGCCGCUACUUCAUGUUCAGCCACGCACAUCCAGACUGGAUUUGCCGCUGCUGCUCUGUCCACGGUGAGGAGGAAGGUCCGGCCUCAGAUCAGUGGAGCGUCUUCAAGGCCCAGGUUCCCAGAGCGCCGGGCCUGCCCUUGGAGCCGCCCACGGCGCCCCCGGCGGAUCCUUUCGCCGGGCUUCCCAUCGCGCCAGGGCCAAGGCCUAAGUGGCUGGCGCGGAAAGAUGCGUUGGUCAUCGAUGCGAGACCAGAGGAACACGGCGGCAUCGUCAUCCUCCAGGCAGUCCUGAGCGAUUCGCAUGCCACGUGGGGCAACAACAAGGAUGCGCAACGUCUCGAAGACAGACCUGACUGGCUCCGAGCGAUCUUGGCCACGAAUCGGGCCCACGCGAAGAAGCACGGCCACGCCAUGGUGCUUCGCGCUCAUCCGACCGAGCCGCAGCUCACAGAUUGGAUGAUCAGCGACUGUGGCAAAAAGUCCCUGCGCGUUUGCGCAAAGGUCAAUGAGAGAGAGACGUACAACUGGGAGAAGCACUUGAUGAUGCAGGACUACCUUUUGAGUCCACAAGCUUUCACCCACGUACUCAUGCUGGACGCCGACGCUGCGCUGAUCCAGCCGCAGCUUAACACCUUGCACCGCAUCGCCGACAUCUUGGACCGGAAGGGCAAAGAUCUCUUCCUGACCAACGAGGACUGGUUGGACCAGAAUGGCGAGGCGCGCAUCAACGGCGGGUUGAUGCUGGCGAAGAACACGCCGUUUACGCAGAACUUGUUCCAAGACACCUUCGACGCCCACGUUGCAGGGUACAAGCUGCUGAAGAAGGCCCGCAUCGGCACGCCCGUGAUCCGGUGCACCAGCAACGAGCAGAUUUGUCUCAAUGACCUGUACUAUGGCGACACUCAGCAUUUUACUUCAAAG